AUGGGAAUUGUGCGGAGGUUUGCGCAGAGGUACUUUGUCUACAACGCCAGUUAUCGUCCUGGUGGACCUCUCUUCUUCUAUACUGGGAAUGAAGGACCUUUGGAGUCCUUCUACUACAACACGGGGCUCCCCUUUGACUGGGCCCCCAGCUUCAAUGCACUGAUCGUCUUUGGUGAGCACAGGUACUAUGGCAAGACUUUGCCUUUUGGGAAUGCGUCCUUUACCAAGGAGAAUCUGGGCUACCUGUCCAUCUCCCAGACCCUGGCAGACUAUGCCAUGCUGGUGAGACACCUCCAGGCCACCUAUCAGCUCAGUGCUGUGGUAGCUCUCGGAGGUUCCUAUGGAGGCAUGCUGUCAGCCUGGGCUCGCAUCAAGUACCCCAACGUCUUCGAUAUGGCUUUAGCCGCCUCAGCGCCCAUUCCGCAGGCUGUGAACCUCCUGGAAGACAAGUCCACCUUCUAUCGGAGUGUAACAGAUUCAGCUCGCCAGGCGCAGCCGAAAUGUCCUGAAACCGUGCAGCGCGCCUUCAGCGACAUUUUGGAGCGGGCCAAGACGCCAGCAGGGCUGCAGGAGAUCAGCGACAUCUUCCAACUCUGUAAGCCCAUGGAGGCUUCAGAGAUCGACCAUUUCCUUCAGUACGUCAGAAACGCGUGGACCGAGAUGGCAAUGUGCAACUAUCCCUAUGCCUCGUCGUUCUUGGCGCCCCUGCCAGCCUGGCCCAUCACGGCAGCCUGCAAGAAAGUCUUGGAAGCGGCACGUCCCAUCGACGGUCUUGCGGCAGCAGUGGCAAUGCCCUACAAACAGCCAAAUCAGAGCUGCUUCGACAU